AUGGAAUUCCUAAAAAUAGUUUUAUCGACGAUUUUAAAGGCAAGAGAGAAGAUCUUUGGAGCUAAAAACGGAAACGAUGAAUGUGGACCCUCCUCUCGAAAAUAUUUUCGAGAAUCAAAACACCCAAAUUUGGAAAGGGCUUUGCUUGUUUGGUUUCGAAAGAUGAGAAGCUUAAACAUUCCAAUUGAUGGAAAUGUACUUAAAGAACAAGCACACUUUUUUGCUUCCAAAUUAAACAUCAAAGAUUUUAAAGCAUCGGAUGGUUGGUUACAGAAAUUUAAAUUUCGGAAUGGUUUGAGUUUCCGGAAAGUGUGUGGUGAAAGUGCAGCAGUAGACACGUCAUCAGCAAAUGAAUGGAAAGAAGAAAAGUUGAUAUUGCUUCUUUCUGAAUACGCUGCAGAUGACGUUUUUAAUGCGGACGAAACGGCUUUGUUUUUUUAA